CGGGGUGGCGCUUACUCCGGCGCACAGAGCGCAGAGCGCACCGUCACCCAGCUGCUCUCCCAGCAUCGUCUGCCACCGUCUGACCGGACGACAUGGGUCUGGAGAAGGAGAAAUCGGACACCAGUAUAAUUAUGGACGAGGAUGAGUUCAACAGAUCGAUAGAGCCCAUUCUGUCGAAGAAGGGGAAGGUGUACACAGCGGAACCGGACCGAGAUCCAAACGAUAUCAACGCGCACUUGAAGGUCGGGUUUGAAGAUGUCAUCGCGGAGCCCCUCUCCUCGCACAGCUUCGACAGAGUGUGGAUAGGAAGCCACGCCGUGUUCGAGCUGGUCAAAUUCAUCUUUUACCGCCUGCUGACCACGCUGCUGGCCGUGCCCAUGGCUUUCCUCCUCGGACUGGUCUUCGGGGUGCUCAGCUGCAUCCACAUCUGGUUGGUGAUGCCCCUGAUCCACAGCUUCAUGAUGCUGUUGCCGUCCAUCCAGGUGGUGUGGAGGAGUCUGACGGACAUGUUCAUCAGACCGCUCUUCCACAGCAUGGGAAAGAGUCUGUCCUCCAUUCAAGUCAGAACCACGGAGAACUGACGCAGACGCCUCUCUGUCCCCCGAGGAGAUGGAAACACGGGGCAGAUGGGAGUCACUGGAAGAAAAGAAAAAAAAAAAAAA